AAGUGACUCGCAGGAAGACUCGCGCGCUGAUCUGUUUGGACAGUUAGUAGAAGUUGUAGUUUGUUUUGUCACCAUGGGGCGGAAAGUUACUUUAGCGACUUGUUCCCUGAAUCAAUGGGCUUUAGAUUUUGAUGGCAAUUUAGAAAGAAUACUGAAAAGUAUUGAGAGAGCCAAAUCUAAAGGGGCCAAAUACAGGCUGGGGCCAGAGCUGGAAAUCUGUGGCUACGGAUGCGCUGAUCACUUCUACGAAUCUGACACACUUCUUCACUGCUUCCAAGUCCUUAAGACGUUGUUGGAAUCUCCCAAGACGCAGGAUAUAAUCUGCGAUGUCGGCAUGCCUGUUAUGCAUCACAACGUCCGUUAUAAUUGCAGGAUUCUUUUCCUGAACAAGAAGAUUUUAUUGAUCCGGCCUAAAAUGCUGUUGGCAAAUUAUGGCAACAACCGAGAAUUUCGCUGGUUUUCUCCGUGGAGUAAACCCAGAUGUGUUGAGGAGUACUUUUUGCCAAGAAUGAUCCAGGAUGUGACAGGACAGGUGACGGUUCCAUUCGGUGACGUCGUCCUGUCCACUACGGACACGUGUAUCGGCAGUGAGAUCUGUGCUGAACUGUGGAACCCCAGGAGUCCUCAUGUGGACAUGGGAUUGGACGGCAUCGAGAUUUUUACGAACUCGUCUGCCAGCUACCAUGAGCUACGUAAAGCUGACCAGAGAGUGAACCUUGUCAAGUCAGCUACCGCAAAGAGUGGAGGCAUCUAUCUGUUCGCUAAUCAGAAAGGCUGUGAUGGGGAUCGUCUGUACUACGAUGGCUGCGCUAUGAUCGCCAUCAACGGAGACAUCGUCGCUCAGGGGACACAGUUCUCUCUUGACGACGUGGAAGUUCUCACAGCCACUCUUGACCUGGAGGACAUACGCAGCUAUAGAGGAGAGAGAUGUCACCCGCACAUGGAGUACGAGCACAAACCAUACCAAAGGAUCAAAGUCGGGUUUUCAUUGUCCGACUGCAAAGACACCUUCUUGCCUACUCACCAGGCCAUCGACUGGACCUUUCACACACCCGAGGAGGAGAUUAGUCUUGGUCCUGCAUGCUGGCUAUGGGACUAUUUAAGGAGGAGUGGUCAGGCUGGCUUCCUGCUUCCUCUCAGUGGCGGAGUUGACAGUGCCUCAUCAGCCUGCAUCGUCUACUCCAUGUGUGUGCUCGUCUGUAAGGCAAUCAAAGAUGGCAAUGACCGUGUUUUAGGGGAUGUUCAGCGCAUGGUGAACAAUGCCUCCUACAGGCCUGAGGAUCCGCGGGAGUUGACCGGACGUCUCUUCACCACAUGCUACAUGGGCAGUGAAAAUUCCUCAGUGGAUACCUGCAACCGAGCCAAAGAGCUGGCUGCUCAAAUCGGGAGCAAUCACCUCAACAUCAAUAUUGACACAGCAGUGAAAGGCAUGCUGGGAAUCUUCUCCAUUGUGAUGGGAAAGUGGCCGAAUUUCCGUGCAAGUGGAGGGAGCAGUCGAGAGAACCUGGCUUUGCAGAAUGUACAGGCUCGUGUCAGGAUGAUUUUGGCGUACCUCUUUGCCCAGCUGUAUCUGUGGGCUCAGGGGAAACCUGGGGGUCUGCUGGUGCUUGGCUCUGCCAACGUGGAUGAGAGUUUGACUGGUUACUUCACUAAAUACGACUGCUCCAGUGCCGACAUAAACCCCAUCGGAGGUGUUAGUAAGAUGGAUCUGAAGAGCUUCCUGCUUUACUGUGCUGAGCAUUUUCAGCUUUCGGCUCUUAAGAGCAUCGUGGCCGCUCCUCCCACCGCAGAACUCGAACCCUUGUCAGACGGCCAGGUGUCUCAGACCGACGAGGCCGAUAUGGGGAUGACCUACUCGGAGCUGUCGCUGAUCGGCAAGCUUAGGAAGAUCUCAAAGUGCGGCCCGUACAGCAUGUUCUGCAAACUCAUUCACUCGUGGAGAGAAAGCUGUUCUCCAUCACAGACAGAAGUAACAAGUUAGUGUGCUAGCUGUUAGAUCAAGCUAGUUAAAACACAAGGCCUCGUUGAUGUACAAAAGCCUUCUCUCUGUUCAUGAAUCCCUACUUGCACUAUGUAAUGUGCAACUUUUCUCCACAACGCUUCAAGUAAGUAGUUGAGAAUAUGAUCUACACAAAAUAAGCUUACUUCUGUAUCUGUGAUGAAUGUUAGCUAACACUCUCUGCAUUAGCUGAAUAGCCAUGAUAUUAAUAAUGGCAACGGUGGAGUGAUGAUGAAAGCAGUUCAGGGGGUCAUUCAAAUAAAUACCAGUCUACCAACAUAGUUUAAACUUUUGCAGAAAAAUAUGUCUGGCUGUUUUAGCUAAUGAUCUUUCAGACAAUCUCAGUUAUCAUUUUAAAAAGGCAUUAAAAUGUAUGACAGUUACUGGAUUUUGUAAGAAAUAAAAAAAAAUGUGUAAAAAUAAGACGAUGAUGGUGAAGAUCUUAAUGAAGAACAAGAAGUUUAUUCCAGCAUAGCAGUGACAAAAUACAUAAAGUACUUUGGAUUCAUCGGAGUCAAUAAGAACCCAAAUCCUGCUCAAGCAUUUUAUACUGUUUUCCCUUUUGGUAAUUUAAAUGAGGUUCUGCUUCGAAUGUGUGUUGAGUGUCAGAACUGACUGUCUCCCAAAUGUCUGGGCUAUACCUUGUUGUCUAGCUGAUUGUCUUUAAAUGUUAAUCAUGGUCACGUACACCUUGUCUUGGUAUUGUUACAAUUGUUAUCAACCAAAUGGUCACUCUAAAUGGUAAUCGCGGUCACGUAGACCCUUUGUUCGUGGUGAUCCUUUAUGUCCUGCUGCCGCUCCCAUAUUAACCAUCGAAUCAAGUUUAUACAAUUAGAGUCCUAAACGUAUUACCUUAUGAUACUUAAACCUUUUUAGGAAUGAGCUCUUUUUAGAUGUGUAGUGGAAUUUGGAGUGGAAUUUGGGUGCAGUUAUCUGUAAUUUCUUACAAUAUUGUUUCUAGCGAUUAGUCUGUUCUUAUUUUCAAU